UAUAAUUCCCUUCUGUUCUGAGACCCGGCACAGCUGAUUUUUAGAGAAAGCGGCAGUUUAAUGUUUUUUUAUUUCUCCGUCGAAUCAGACAACAUCUGGGUCACCUCUUGUUGGAAGCAGUGUCUGUAUUCACCCGCAAUAAGAUGUCGACAGAAAAACAAGCCUUACAGGAUGGAGGACACCAAACUCCCAUGUCACCUCCGCCUUACCCAGUGCAGGAGGCCCCAACAAACAGCACAUCGCCAGCUUAUUCCAUGCCAAUGCACACUUCCACAAUGACACUGGGCACAGAAGGCUUCAUCCAGGAGACACAGUUCAAUGGCACAUCGCAAGGAUACCCCGUACCCGCGAACCAUCCAGCAGGAUCGAUGGGGUCAGCAGGGUACGGUCACCAAGGCUACCCCAUGCAGUACCAGCCCUGUGCUGCCUACGUACCGGUUUAUCCAAUGACAAAUAAUGUGGGGUUGUAUCUCCCAGGAAACAACGGAGUCGUGUCAGGUGGCCAGCAGAUGCCAGCAAACGUCACCAUAGUGAACCCUCCACGACCCCCUCACGAUUACUUACCCAUUGCAGUGUUGACUACAGUGUGCUGUUUCUGGCCAACUGGGAUUUUUGCCAUAUUUAAAGCUGUACAGGUACGGGCUGCCAUCGCACGGGGGGACAUGGUGUCGGCGGAGAUCGCCUCCCGCGAAGCCCGGAAUUUCUCCUUCAUCAGCCUCGCUGUGGGCAUUGCCUCUAUGGUCCUCUGUGCCAUCCUGACAGUGGUCAUCGUCAUUGCUGCCCAGCACCAUGAUGAUGAGUGGGAUCCUUAACUAGCCACGGACAGGCUCAGCAGGGUCCAAGGCCUUCUGCGCACUUCAGGUGUCACCACACAGAAACUCCACGACAAAGCCUCACAACCCACCUCCUCCCCAUCCUGUCCCAACUACACCCCCACCCCCCAGCCCUGCUUCCAACCCCACCUCUCAGUGUCUUCAGCUCCCACUACACUUCUAGUCUGCAGGCAUUAUGCCUCCACCCAAACCCACUUGACACCAUGAACAGUUAAUCAUUUCAGCCCAAAUAGUAGCCUUGUAUUUUACCUCCAUUGGUUCUCUACAUCGAUAAAGGGACUGAGAAUGUUUUGUGCAAUUGGUUAAAUGUGUUUUGUUUAAAUACAGGCAGAUACUGUCCAUUUAAAAUGACUGGCUCAGGUAGUAACUUGUAUAGAUCCUUCCUCUGGGCACUUUCUGGGGGCAGAAUGGAGGUGGAUGGAGGGGGAAGGAAACUGACCAGUGGAUAAGGAAUCAGGGAUUCGGCCUCAUUUGAUGAACUUGAAAUUGAGUAAAAAGGAUAAAUGGAUCUCAUAAAUGGGCUUGCACUGAGAAUUUGAGGGUGAAUCAAAUAUGAUCUUCCUGAAUAGCUUGAGGGACUGUAAUCACCUCUUCCAGCUCCUGUUUCUCAUGUUCUUCAUAAAUUCUCCAUAGCCCCACUCUCUCUUUAUAGACAGAUGGCUGGCGGCGGUUUCACUUCAGGGUCAUCAUGCCUUGG